AUGAAAACCGAUAUUCUUCUGUUAGCCGAUGUAUUUGAGAAGUUUAGGGAAAGCUGUCAAAAUACGUAUGGGUUAGAUCCUGCACACUAUUUCACAACACCCGGGUAUACAUGGGAUGCAAUGCUAAAGUAUACUAAGCAAGAGUUAGAGCUGCUCACCGAUCUAGACAUGUUCCUCUUUGUUGAGCAGGGCAUUCUAGGUGGUUUAAGUCAAGUAUGUUCAAAGAAAAGGGCUAGAGCAAAUAAUAAAUAUGUCAACAACUAUGACCCAAGCAAGCCUCAAACUUUCCUAAUGUAUUUCGACGUAAAUAAUCAGGAUGCUUUCGAAGAUUAUAUUCUAGAUGUAGACCUCAAGUAUCCUAAACUACUCCAUGAUCUACACAAGGACAUUCUGUUCUGCCCUGAGCACCUUAACCCUAAGACUAGUCAGUCUCCAAAAUUUAAGAAUAAAAUAAGAAAACUUAUGGCAACUCACCACCACCACCACCACCACCACCACCAUAAAAGUAAAACUAUGGAGAAUAGACUCUUAACCGAGUGGAAUGUUCGAUAUGGUGCUGAGGCUUAUAUAGCGAAGCCGAAAUUUAAAAAUUGUACAAUUUUCAGUGAAAACUUCGUAGCGGUUAAGCUUUGCAAACUUCACAUCCGGUUGAACAAACCUAUAUAUGCGGGGCAAGCUAUCCUCGAUUUGGCGAUGUCGUUGAUAAAAAAUAUCUUCAAAAUAAUUUAAACGAUUUCUAUAAAGGCGUAUACGAUUCAAAACAAUCCAUAAUAGAUAGUUCAGACAUUGAAUUUUUAUAUAUUAAAAAAAGGCAUUGAAAACUACUAAUUCUAACAAUAAAAACAUUAAAACAACAGACACCAAUUUUAAAUCAAUAAAACAACAGGUAUCAAAAUUUGAGAGAGCAAUGUAAUUAAAAUACAAAAGGAUUAUAAAGAACUAGUAAAUAU